GCCAAGAAACAAGAGAGAGAGAGAGAGAGAGAGCAAAUAAUUAAAGCUCUAUCUUUUUUUCUAUCUCUACACACAAAGUUUGGUUGGAGUUGAGAGAAUGGCACAAGUGGACCAAAACAAAGGAGGGAAGAGGUGGAGGCUAUCUUGCAAGCACUGUGACCAAUUCCAGAAAUGCCCCUCUGCAACCAUCAAGGGAGGUUGGGAUGGACAACAAACACAAAGCAAGAAAAGGCCUUUUUUUUUUUUUUUCUUUCUCUUUCUCUUUCUAUCUCUCUCUAUCUCUCUCUAUCUUGAGCCCAAGGGCCUGCAUCCAUCCUCCUGUUCAUACACCAUGAAUUUACAUGGGUGGUUCUUUGUAUGUGUUUGUUAUGUUGGUUGUUUUUGUUGGUCUCUUGGUCUGACUCCUCAUCAACACAUCCACAUUUCACAGAGACAGAGAGAGAAAAAACCCUCUCUCUCUACCCACCCCACUUUUAUUUCUCUCUCUCUCUCUCCAUCUACAUCUUUAUGGACCCUUAGCUCUCCUUUUUCUGCUCCCUUGCUCUUCUUCUUGUUCUUCUUGUUCUUGUUCUUGUUCUUCUUCUUCUUCUUCUUAGUUGUUUGAGAUUGCUUUGGAGCUAUGAAGAAGGUGAGGAAGGUUGGGAUGGAGGUUUCUCCUCCAUUUGCUGCUGCUGCUGCUUCCCAUGGUGGUAUGGAGGCAAGAGCAAGGAACAAGUACCAUGGACUCUUGCUGGAUUAUGAGGAUUUGCUAAAGGAGAUUGAAGCAAAGAAGAACAGAUUACAGAAAGCACAGGAAAAGAAACUCAGGCUCUCUGCUGAAGUCAAAUUUUUGCGGAGAAAGUACAAGAGAUUAUCAACAAACUCAUCAUAUAGACUGAAGAAACAGUCUCAAAAAUCCUUGCCUAAUGCGGCACUUCAAGCUGAAGUUCAGUCAAAAGAUCGGAAAUACCGAGUUAUGGAAGCUCCAAACAUUUCUGCAGUUCUAGAUUUAAACCAGGCUUUCCUCCCGAAUGGGGAAGAAAUGGAGGAGCUUCAGAUGGAACAAGAGCACCCAAAGGCGAUUGCCAAUGAGCUGAAACUUUCCAUCUGCAGAGAUGUAGGAACUAGCGGAAAUCGUGUUGGUAAAAGGAAAAUUUCUUGGCAAGAUCAAGUAGCUUUGAGGGUUUGAAGUUUGUGAUCGGUCCGUCGAUCAUGUAUCAGUGUAUCACCCUCUUGGAUUUCUCCCUAAUGUUGUGUGUUUGUGCUGUGUAUAGUCAAAGGAAAAUUUAAUAUAUUUCAUGUUAAUACAUUGAAACUCCAUAGAAACUGCAGAAUUUGGUUGUUCUCAUGUUAAAUUUAGAAUGAAAGAAGGUUUUCAUUGUUCACCCUUAAGAGAUUGUCAGGUGAAAAUGUUCUGAAUUGAAGCAUGGAUUUUUUAUCAA